AGACCACCCUCCACAUCAUUCUUAAAAGGGCACAGAGACUCACAUGCCCACAGUCAGCAAGCAGGCUCAACAAAGGAAAGGCGCAAAAGUGCAGGGGUUUAAAAGUCAAUUGUCUGGCGAAAGGUUUUCCUGCUUGGCUAUAGUAGUUCAUCAUGGCUGCUGCUAGCCUUGCGAGGCGGGCGACUAUGCCUGACUUUGCAUAUGAAGACUACACUGCCUAUGGCCACAUGACUGACGAUGAGCUACUGCAGAUGGCAAUUGAACGCAGCCUGUGUGAAGACCAACAAGGCCCCUCGGAAUAUGCUCAAGCAAGUUUCAUACCAGCCUCCGAGCCACCCAAAGAGGAACACAUGCCCACAUUUAAGGAAGCCAGGCAAGAGUAUGCAGCCAGACGAAAUGCUGCCCUGCAAGCAGAGAUGGCUGCAGCUGCUGAGAACCCACAAGUCAAUCCUUCCAGUUCAAGUCAUACAUUUGAUGGAGACAGGUUGAGGCUACGGGCAUGGAAAAAACGACAUGGAAAAGAAGACCUAGUCGAAGAAACACCUACUCUUGCAGCCUCCAUAAAGUCAGCUAUCUGGAAUGAUGAUGCGGAAGCAUUCAAACAAAUUUUAAUGACAGUACCUGCCGAGAGUCUGAACAAACCAAAUGACGAGGGCUGGAUACAUUUGCAUGAAGUUGCAUACUACAAUGCAGUGGGAUGUUCAAAGUUGCUUUUACAAGCCUUUCCUGAUCUAGUCAACAAACGCAAUGACAAGAGCCAAACGCCUCUCAUUCUGGCUGUUGGUCGUAAGAACUUGGCCUGUGUCAAGCUUCUUAUUAACGCUGGUGGAGACCCUAACAUAGCCAACAACGCAGGGGAAACCGCCGUCUACAAAGCUUGUGAGAAGGGCACUGAGGAGAUACUUGAUGCUGUUCUAAAAGCUGGCGGGAACCCCUGCAGGGCAAACAUUGCGAGAAACACACCUUUACAUGAGGCAGUGGGGACCAAAAACGUCAAUAUGGUUAAAAUGCUAGUGGAGGCUGGAGCAAAGACGUGGACUAUGGACAGCUACGGCAUUGAGUCGCUCUUCACAGCAGCUCAGUGUGGAGCCGCAGACGUGCUGAACUACCUCAUCAAACUAGGUGGAAAUAUUAACACGCAGGCCAAUGAUGGGGCAACAGCUUUGUAUGAAGCAUCUAAGAAUGGCCACGAGGAGUGUGUAAAGAUACUGCUGUCUAAGAGAGCAGAUGUCAACCGAACAACCAAAUCAGGCUUAACUCCUCUACAUGUUGCGUCAAAGAAUGGACAUGUGAGUGUGGUGUUGCUACUGCUUCCUCGCACCAACAGAGGAACGAUAAGGCGCAGUGGCAUCAGUCCAUUGCAUCUCGCAGCCGAACGCAACCGAGACGAGAUUGUGGAGAUUCUCAUCCAAGAAGGCUUUGACGUCAACAUGAAGCUAUCGACCGAAUACUCAAAUAUGUACGAGGACCGCCGUAGCACGGUACUGUACUUUGCAGUGAAGGCAGGCAACAUGGAGGCCGCCUCCAUGCUACUACAAGCCGGCGCAGACCCAAACCUGGACGUCUUCAACCCUGUCUUGGUUGCCGUGAGAAAAGGCAACAAAGAGAUGGUGUCUCUGCUGGUCGAGUAUGGUGCCAACGUGAAUGCUUGCAUGCCAACACAUCCAACCACCUUCCCAGCUGCCAUGCUCUUCUGCAUGAAGCACAGAAAUAUGUUUAAGAUCUUGCUUGACAACGGGCUGGAUGCUGACGCCUGCUUCACCUGUGUCUAUGGGAACAACACGCAUCCUCCAGUCAAGAUACAGCGCUCCUCUAGGGACGAUCUGUACCUGCAUGGGCUGAUGGCCCCUCAUACGUCAACUGCACAGUUUUGUGAGGUGAUGGCUGAUCCUCUCCACUCACCUUGGGUGGGAAUGAUACUCGAUAUGCUCUUGGAUUACACUGGCCACGUGAAACUCUGUUCAAGACUCUCAAACCUCCUGGACAACAUCAGCAAUGGCCAGUACAUCAAGGAUAAAGCAAAGCCACCAUUCCCUCUUCUACACCUGUGCCGUGUGAAUAUCCGCAAGCAAGUGGGACAUCACAGAAUGAAACAAAUGACUUCUCUGCCUCUGCCCAAACGUCUCAUCAGAUUCCUCUAUUACGACAAUUCUGAGUCGGAGAACUUGUUGUCGCAAUGUGGCUGUUUAUGAGCAUUUUCAACAGGGCAGUGCUGCAGCUUACUGUGGUUUGACUGUGUCAGUCAACGUACUAUGUUAAAGGAUCAUUCCUGCCAAAUUCAACAUGCAGUUGUAUUGCUCACUCUCCCCUUGAUAUGUCAUGUCAGUAUCCGGUGAUCCGAUUACAAGAUCUGAGCAUUUCUAGUUUCAGCAUACCGGUACUCCAGAUAACAUCCCAACAGCUAUUAUUAUGUUGUACGGUGUCUGGGCAUGUUCCAUGGCUAUUGGGAUGAUGUCUUGAGUAUGUAAAGACACUUUAAGAAAUGUAAACUAAGCCAUGCCUACAUUAGAAUGGCCAGGAUGUUGGGAAAUGAUGAACAAAAAAAUGCCACAUCGUUGGGUGGACAGGUCAAGGGUAGUAGAAAUUGGCAGGGAUUCUCCUUUUAAAAGCUUGAUUUCACAAAGCUGCUUUAAUAAUUUGUAUAUUUGUCUGGUUUGGAGGGGUGCAGUUAUAUGAAGCAGUUGCUUCUGAAUGUCACAUAUUAACUGUGCAUAGAACACUAUGAGGUAAUUGCCUGUGGAAAUGUUUUAGGGUGUCAAUUUACUCCUGAAAUUAAUGGAUGCAUGCUACAUUAAAUGCAGAGGUGUCAAAAGCCAAAGUAAAAGUAAAUUUGCGACGCAAUUACAACACUAGCCCAUGAUAUUAUAUAGCUGUUACACCAUUUACUCCAUUGUACCUAAUAAGUUGGCUUUACUGUGUUGAAAAACACUAAAAACCUAACAAGAACCCUCCACAAAUUUGACCCAACCAGCGCAAAGGUACAGUAGCCGAUCACAAGAGUACACAGGUCUACUGGUUAUUUAAAUAAGUUAAUUGUGAGAUAAAUAAGACAAAUAAGAAAUUGUGUUUCUUUUUUUACUUUUACUUUUGACACCUCUGGUGUUUUUAUGACCAUUGAAAGUCAAUGUGAUGAACUGUUUAUGAGAAAUAAGCUUUUUAUUCUAUUCUAUUAACUGUGUUAAUGUCAAUUCAGUGUAAGAUGUGUCCUCGUGGGAUUAUCUGUCAGUGUGGUAUGUAUGUAAUGGUGUGAAUUAUGUAGCAUUUGGGAAAAUUAAGUUGGUUACAAAUGAGAGAAUGAGAGAGGUUGUUAUAGAGCAGCAGGUCGAUUCUAAUCCAUUCGCGUUUCGGCAGCAGUCAUCAUCUUCUAUCUCUAUUUUUUAGUUUUGUACAUUCGUUAUUAUAGCCUAAAAUAAAUCAGCUCUCAGGGUGAAUCCCAUUAAAGCCCUACGCCGAUCCCCUUUGCCUCCGUUUUGCGCGUCCACGUGUAGGCGUAGUGGCAUCCCGAUUCACGUUCAGACAGAUGGGUAGGGGUGCGGCGAAGGGCUUUCCACCCCUCUGCGCGGAGAUUUUCCGACACAUCACUCCACGGACGGAGCACUAUGACAGGUUUCCCUGAAUGCAUUGCGAAUGCAUUUAAAAAUGGGCGGCAAGCCGCGGCAUCCACAACAGCACACGAGAUUAAGUAUUUUCGCCGCAAUUGACGGUUUUAAAGUGGUAAUAAUUAUUCCAUUGUACUAAGUUUAACAUUGUCCUAAUGUGUGAUGGCCCUUUUCUCCGUGAAACACACAUGAAAGAAAUCGCUAUUAACGUCAACCUAAUGCAUGGAAUUAGUGACAGCUGUGAGUGUCAUUCCUUGAUUGUUGAAGGGGUAUCCCAAUUCGUAGCGGUUGCGUUUCAAGCCCUACACCUUACAGCUUUGUUGGAAAUCACGAGGGGCAUGGGGAAGGCGUAGGGAUAGGGGCAGAGAUUAGUAAUGGGAAAGGCCCUCAGUCUCCAUGAGUAUACUAUACUAUAUCACUUCUAUGAUAAAUUAUUUAAUAACCAACUUUGAUGUUGAAAUAAGUAUAUAGAAAAUAGUGAUUUAGAAAUUGUAGCGAUAGUAAAAUGAUAAAAGUGGAGAUGCAAGGCUUCUGCGAAAGCGACAUGUAGGCUUUGUUCUCCGACUGAUUCACAUAAUCGUAUUGUUAGAAAAAGCGUGACUGAUUUAAAACUUCUAAUUUAUCUUGGAAAUACUUUUAAUAUUGUUUCAUCAACUUUGAAAUUUCUGCCUAUUUUUUUUACACGUUUGUUAUGCAUUUUGCCCUACAUCAAAAUAAUUAAUUAUUUCAGUUGCUGCAUUAGCCUACUAAUUAUUUCUCUCAAGUGUUAAUGUUCGUGCCCAAAACAACUUUACAGUGGACUUUCAAUAACCAGGCUGAUGUUAAAAGAUCGUUUUGUGUUAUUUACUUGUGAGUCCACACAAGAAAGAAACACGGUUUCUGACUUCUCAUAACAUAAUCCAAGGUUGCUGCCUGGGGAAUUCUGUCAGUGGUAGUGCUGUUUUUUUUCUUCUUUUUCUUACUUUGCUACUGAAUCUGAGUUGUUACAUGUUUUAUUAAUGACUUUAUCUUGUUUUGUGUUUUGUACUGUUAGGCCGUGUCUCUUGCUGUGCAUUACUGUGUUGUCUCAUACUAAUAUCGACUCACAGAGUUGUUUUAAUUUAUGGUGUCAACUGUUCAAGGACAUUUCUAUGCUGUCCUACGAACUUGCAGAGAGGGAUUGAAAGGUUUGUAAAAUUGUGUCUAAUGCUGCUGUUUUAAUGUCUAAAUAAAAAUGAAAUAA